CUUUCGUAUAAUCACAUGAAUUUUAGACGGGAGGGUUUGUAAGUCUUUCAAACUAAUAUAAAGUACAAAACAUGAAAGACAAAGAUAUAAAAAAUUUAUAAUAUCAUUUUUAAAUGUAAUUAAAUAUAAAUAUAUAAAAAUAAUAAUUUUACAUAAUAAAGGUAUGAUUUGAUAUCUUAUUGUACAGUUACAAUUGCAUUAAAGGUUAUGAAAAUAGUGUCGCCGGAUAUUAAGUUACAAGUUAUUUAGCAAAUUAUGCUAAUUGUAUAGGUAUUAAAUUUUAUAUGAAUAAAAUAUGUCGGUAAUAUAUAGAAAAUUGUGCUCUUCUAUUUUGUCUGAGCAUUUUGGUCAAAUUGUACAGUGUGUGGCUGAAGAUUUAUUUAAACAUGGUUCAAGACCAGUAGAACUAAUUUCUUAUACAACGCAUCUUCCUUUAACAAAGAUUAAAGAAGCAUUAUGUGUUUUAAUGAAACAUGGUUUUGUUGUAUACAGUCGAACAGAAAAGGGAAUGGAAUAUUCUUUAAUUCACGAAAAUAUUUUACUUAUUCUCCGUUAUCCAAAGUAUAUGUUCUUUGUAAAAACAAUGUGUGGCGAUGAAUCUGAAAUGAUUUUAGAAGAAGUAUUUAUGCAUGGAUAUAUAACGGCUUCAGAAGUAAUUACAAAAACAUAUAAAAAAAUUGAGCAGUCACCUUACGCAGUUGAAGAGAAAACAAAUAGAAAACCUGAUUUUACAUUACCAAAUUUGAAUGUAACUGCUAUUAUUAAGAAAAUAGAAGGUGAUAACAAUAGCGAUCCUGGAGAUAGUAAAAUUUAUUGGAAAGUUAAUUUUGACCGCCUCAUUCAAGACCUUAGGGAUCAAAUUAUUGUAUCAGCUAUAAGCAGACGGCUGGAUGAAAAUGCAGGAGAGUUAAUGAGGCAAUUAUUAUUUCUUAUGUAUCUACGGACAGCAUCAUGGGCACAUACAUCCAAUCCAAUACCUCUUACAGAAAUAAAGGAAGCAGUUAAAAAAAUCAAUUAUCCGUUACUUACACAUCAUCUUGAUCAAUAUUUACAUCUUAUUGAGGAAGAUUCUAGUCAAUUUUUGAAACGAGUUGGAGAUUCAGGAGGUGGCCAAUAUAGUGUUAAUAUGAAGGAGGCGUUUAAACAGUUAGCAUGGGCAACAUUAGAAAACAUUGUAAUGGAGAGGUUUGGUUCAAAAGCAGCUAGAAUAUUUAGAUUAGUGCGUGAGAAAAAGUACAUUGAACAGGAACAAAUUCAGCAAUUAGCGAUGAUCCCAGCAAAAGAAGCGAAGCAUCUAACGUACACUUUAUUACAAGAGAAUUAUCUACAAAUACAGGAAUUGAAGAAAUCUGGAGUAUCAGCUACACCGAUAAAAACAUUCUUUUUGUUUCACAUUGAUUUAAAUUUGGUUGCUUACAUGGAGGUGGAACAUUGUUACCAUGCACUGUACAAUAUUAUGCAAAGACGAGAGUAUGAAGUAAGCAGCAAUAAGCGGAUGAUCGAUAAACAAUUGCGAAUGCAAACUCUGACAACUAAUUUGAAAGAACACGGUGCUACCGAAGAGCAAUUGGCAGAGAUUGCAGACUUGAUGACACCGUCUGAGAAACAACAAUUAGAAAAAGUUCAAAACACAAUUAAGAAAUUGGGUAUUACCGAAUUGCAAAUUGAUGACACUCUAUUCUUAUUAACGAUGUAUUUACGUUAUCACUAUCAAUAAAGGCAUAUUUUUUUUAAAUGUGUCAAAUUUUCAUAAAUGCCAGCGGCGCAGUUCAUUUUCA